AUGGGGCAUCUUCCAGCCGAUCGAGUCCAGCAAACUUACCCGUUCGAAGUGACAGGAGUGGAUUAUUGUGGACCUGUCCUUAUAACUCAACGAAUUCGCGGCCGUUCACCAAUUAAGUCUUAUAUUGCAGUAUUUAUUUGUUUUGUAACUAAGGCAGUACACUUAGAAGUUGUACCCAAUUUGUCCACACAAGCAUUUAUAAGUACCUUAAAGAGAUUUAUUGCUCGACGGGGGAAAAGUCGCAAAAUAGUGUCCAACAAUGCUACCAAUUUUGUGGGUGCCAAUCGAGAACUACGCCAGCUUUUGUCCGCUUUCGUUACCAAGGAACAUGUAGAAGAGGUUCAACGUACAUGCCUGGAGAAUGAAAUCGAGUGGCAGUUCAUACCUCCCAGGUCUCCACACUUUGGUGGACUCUGGGAGAGUGCAGUCAAAUUAGCAAAGUACUUUCUUCGUCGUGCCAUCGGAACCACCACCCUAACGUUGGAUGAGCUUCAAACUGUUUGUUGUCAAUCCGAGGCAAUAAUCAACAGCCGUCCACUUACACCGAUGUCGACAGAUGCUAAUGACAUGCGCCCAUUAACACCGGCUCAUUUUUUAAUAGGACGGCCUCUGACAACAAUUCCAGACUCGAACUCUUUGGGCCGUAAUGAUAACUUACUGAAGCGCUACCAAAUAGUCCAGCAAAUACACCAAAGUUUUUGGGAAAGAUGGCACUGCGAGUACCUUAAAAAUUUACAACAGCGAACAAAAUGGAAAACGGAAUCUCAAAAUUUACAAACGAAUGACAUGGUCUUAAUAAAGGAGGAAAAUACACCUCCACUCAAGUGGACAACAGGUCGCAUCACUGAAGUCAAGCCUGGCGACGAUGGUCGUGUUCGUGUAGUGGUAGUAAAAACCAGAAAUGGUCUACAAACACGAGCAAUAUCAAAGAUUUGCAAACUACCAGUAUAA